GACUUUGUCACAGAAAAUACGAUCGAGAGUGUCGGUGUGUGCGUGUGAGAGGGAGAGUGAGUGAGGAGAGAGACGUGGAAAUUUAUUUAAAGGGAUUUUGAUAGGGAGACACUCGGAGUCUCUGCCGUCUUUCCCGCUUUGCCAUAAAAAGGAGAUUCGGGUCUGGGAGUCACAUCGUGGCCAAACAAAACAUGUCGGGAAAGGGACAGCACGAAAGUAUUCGGCGCCUGGACACAGAUUCUUUCAGCAAACUUCACUUCGGGAUUGUUUUAAACUAUAAAAUAUCUCGUUUUAAAAAUCGAAUCUAAAAUUAGAUCAACGCGUUCUUGAUGGAAUAUAACACCUAUUAAUGUGCCAGAAUUUUUUUUUGUGUGUCUGUUCGGCUUAGCGUAGGGGAGGGGUUUACUAGUUAAUCUAUGUGUUUUAUUUUUAAAACUGGAGUUGGAGCUUUCGACAGUCUUGCUUGAUGCUUUUGAAACGAUUUUCUCCAGUUUCAGUUCCGUUCAAUUGAAACGUUUAACUGAGUGGAUCCUUUUUUUAAAAAAAAAUCUAAGACGGAUCCUUGCGAUUCAUCUGCCUUGGUCGGAGUAUUCAUGCGUGAAGCAGUUUCGUGUUUUAGGGUAAAAACCAACCGUCGUUAGUCCAAAAUACCAGGCUGCGGUUGUCGGAGCAAUUUAAAAAAAAAUUCGGAAACCUCACUGCAACCGCAAUAGGACGGCGAAUUUUGUGUUUUUUAAAACAAUGAAAGUGAAAUGUUGACACUUGGACUCGUCUUAAUUACUUAAACGUCGUGGUGUUUUUUUUUCCUUGGUAGGAGGAUGAGAAUAAGAUAAAAUAAGUAUUUCUGGAGGUUCCCCUCAAUUAAAAUGGCGGCGGCUUGAUCUGCAAUGGAAGGUUCUAGAAAUGGCGCAGUGUCUUCUCGAGUUCGCCAGCACCCUUUUCCUAGCUAGUCUCUGAAAUUGCAGUGGAAAUGUACUGAUGCGGCUCGGAUGUAAUUAUGCAGUUGAACUGCAGGCGCUCUAUCGCCUUCCAUGUCUUCCAUCCUCCCAAGCCCCUUGUGAAUUGUGCUUAUAAAUGGGAACAAGAGACCGUUUAACGCCAGAAAGUGAUAGCUUUAGGAAACAGCUGAAUGCAUCUGAAGCUCGAAAAUGACAGGAUGUCAUUGCUGUCUACAUAGCUGAGUUUAAAAAAAAGUCUGUAGAAAUUCAAAGUGGAAAUAGUAAAUAGUUGGCGAUCAAUUGAAACCGCUUCAAUUUUGGAAGCACAGGGCAAAUGACCAUGGAAUCAGUUGUUGAAUCUCAUCAAGAUGGCAGUGUGACAGAUUCAGUGACAGAUAGUGAAUCUAUCCAGUUACAAGCUCAGAAUUCCCAGACACAGAUCCCCACCAUUGCACAGGUAUCUGUGGCUGGUAGUCAAGUUGCAUCAGGAUCUCCAGCUGUAACGGUUGUCCAGUUGCCUUCUGGUCAGACUGUCCAGGUCCAAGGAGUAAUUCAAACUGCUCAGCCCUCUGUGAUUCAGUCACCACAGAUACAAACUGUUCAGGUAGCUACAAUAGCAGAAACGGAUGAAUCUGGAGAUUCUGCUGAGGUUGUAACUGACUCCCAAAAACGAAGAGAAAUCCUAUCCAGACGACCAUCUUAUCGAAAAAUCCUAAAUGAAUUGUCUUCUGAUGCGCCCGGUGUUCCAAAGAUUGAUGAAGAAAAAUCUGAGGAGGAAGGAGCAACAGCUGCUAUCACUACAAUGGCAGUACCAACUUCUAUCUACCAGACAAGUACUGGCCAAUACAUCGCAAUCGCUCAAGGUGGAACUAUUCAGAUUGCAAAUCCAGGAGCUGACGGCGUGCAAGGAUUACAGACACUUACCAUGACAAAUGCAGGAACACCUCAGCCUGGGGCAACCAUUGUACAAUAUGCUACACAGUCAAGUGAUGGGACACAACAGUUCUUUGUUCCAGGCAGCCAAGUCGUUGUUCAAGCUGCAGCUGGAGAUAUGCCAACCUACCAAAUCCGGACUCCAACUACCACCCUACCUCAGGGAGUAGUGAUGGCAACUUCACCAGGAACAUUGCAUAGUCCACAACAACUUGCAGAAGAGGCAACCCGUAAACGGGAACUAAGGCUAAUGAAAAACAGGGAGGCUGCCAAAGAAUGUCGACGUCGAAAAAAAGAAUAUGUAAAGUGUCUGGAAAGCCGUGUUGCAGUGCUGGAAACCCAAAACAAGCAGCUAAUCGAGGAACUCAAAACUUUGAAAGAACUUUAUUGUGAUAAAUCAGAGUAGUAUUUGUAAUAUGAGUCCUGACCAGUUUGAUGUCUACAGCAUCUUUCUUUGAAGAUAAAGCCUCUGCAGCUUCAGACUGCUUUUUUUAUUUUUUGCUUUGCAAAACGACGUAGAAAACAUUGGAACCUUUAACAUGUAACAUUUCUCAAAAGUUAUUCACAGUAAUAUAUUUUGUUAAGUGUUUGUUGUAUAACUGAAAUUUGUGGGGAAAAAUGAACAAAAAAACUUUUGUAAAAACAAUUAGUUCAAUGUAUAUACAUGUACUGUACCCUGUUACAAUGUAAUGCAGUACUUGCUAAGUUCUAUUUGUUAAGCAUUUGCAUUUAAGAUUUUUAUGUGUUGCUCAUAUGCUAUCCUGGACACAUGUAAUAUUAUUUUUACACGUGUUUAUUGCUUUUAGUACCCUAUUAAAUAUGAAAUUAAAAUAGAAAAGUAUGCAAAGCAAUUGAAUUAAAUAAUUCAGAAAUUUGACAUAUAUAGAAAACAUCUACCUUUGAAAGAGGGAAUUUAGAAAGGAAAAUGUAUGUUAUUGAUUAAUUAUAUGUAAAGAGAGUGUUAUAUUCAGUAGCAUUGCAAAACAAAUGGAAUUUAUAGUUAAUUUCUGACUUUCUUUUAUACAUUUUUGUGAAAUGUAGCACUGUACUACUGUCAGUCUAUGCUUAAUGUAGUUCGAGAAUCAAAAAUGAAUUUUAAUAGAACCACAUUGGUUAAAAAACACACAUUUCUUGUUGUUGUAUUUAAAAAAUGUUCAACUUUAGUUGCCUUAAUAAGUUAGCCAUCUUUUGAAGAAACCAUUUUGAUUCUGGUAAUCACCUAUCAAGAAUGAAAUGUGUGUAUUAAACUUAAUCUGUCUCUCUCCCCCCCCCCCCCCCAUGAUCUUACACCUAAUAACAUGGAAUUUAUUUUAAUUGGCUGUGAAAUUUAUUCUACUGUAAGAUUUUUGUAAUGUACAUGGUGCUUAAAAGAUUUCAAUAUUUUUUCAAUGUAGCUUUCCUGACCAGAUAUAAAUUUUUAGUUUCUCCGUGGA